GAGGGAUUUCGACGUCAGUGUUUCGACAAUGAGGUGUUUUUGGAGUCUAUCCGCGUCAUUUCUCGUUUUCUAAUACAUGAGCAGAGCACAUCUGGAAGAGUGGAUGUUAUUGGAGUCAGGUCGGAGGAUCUUUGUUCUUUUUUUUUUCACGGAAAAUCUCCCUGUCUGACAUGGCGUAUCAGCAGUCACUCUGCAAAUGGCGUUUGUAUUCCGGACCUCAGUGUGUAACGCUUCUUUUGUUGCUUUACUUCUUUAACAUUGUCGCUGGUCAGAUCCGCUACUCUAUACCUGAAGAGAUGAAGAAAGGCUCUCUUAUCGGUAACGUAGCACAGGACCUUGGUUUGGAUCUGAAAAGGCUCCGCUCUGGCCGGGCCCGUAUCGUGACCGGAGAGAGCAUCCAGUACACCGAGCUGAAGACAGACAAAGGGAUUCUUGUCGUGAAAGAGAGAAUAGACCGAGAGCAGCUUUGUGGAGACGUAACACCGUGUAGUUUCAGCUUUGAAAUCAUUUUAGAAAAUCCUAUGGAGCUACAUCACAUAACUAUUGAAGUGGUAGAUGUGAAUGAUCAUCCUCCGGUAUUCAAAAAAUCGGAUAUUAUGUUAGACAUAAGCGAGAUAGCGAACCUUGGAGCGCGAUUUGUGUUGGAUAGUGCGGAGGAUCUUGAUGUUGGUGUUAAUAGCCUGCAAAAUUAUGUUUUAACUCCAAAUGACAAUUUCGUUUUAAAGCAGCAUGUAAAUCCAGACGGGAGUAAAUAUGCAGAGAUGGUCCUGCAGAAGCAGUUAGACAGAGAGGAGGUUCCCCAUCUCUCAUUAAAGCUUAUAGCAGUAGAUGGUGGGAGUCCGCAGAGAUCUGGCACAGUAAGUAUAAACAUAAAUGUUUUAGAUGUCAAUGAUAAUGCGCCCGUGUUCAACCAGUCAGUUUAUAAAGCUACGGUGACCGAGAAUGCGACAAAGGGAACUAAUAUUAUUACUGUUAAUGCUACAGACGCCGAUAGCGGAUUUAAUGGUUACAUCACAUAUUCAAUUUCAAACGUGAAGAGUAAUAUUGCUGAUUUAUUGUCCAUAGAUCAAGUCUCUGGUGUUUUGUCUGUUUCAGGCCCAAUAGAUUUUGAGAAAGACAAAAAGUUUGAGCUAAGAAUUGAUGCAAAAGAUCAGGGAGGUUUGACAGAUUCGAGUAAAGUGAUAAUUGAAGUAACUGAUGUAAAUGACAACGCCCCUACUAUCAGCGUCAUGUCAUUCACUAGUCCUGUGUCAGAGGACUCUCCUCCUGGAACAACUAUUGGCAUUAUAAAUGUAAAAGACCUGGAUUCAGGUGAUAACGGACAAGUGAACUGUAGAAUAGAACAAAAUGCACCUUUCAAGAUUAAAUCCAGUUUAAGAAAUUACUAUACUUUGGUAACAGAUACUGUGUUAGAUCGCGAGAGUGUUUCAGAAUAUAACAUCACUGUAGUUGCAACAGAUGCAGGAAUGCCUCCUCUCUCAACAACUAAAACUUUUCAUCUAAAGGUCUCUGAUGUGAACGAUAAUGCUCCAGUGUUUUCACUAAGUGCUUACAGUGCGUUUAUCGUGGAAAAUAACUCUCCAGGGGUUUCUCUCCUUACUGUUAGUGCUAAAGAUCCCGAUGAAACCCAAAACGCUCGUGUAUCUUAUAUUCUAGCGGAUGCUAAUCUUGACGGAUCACCAGUGUCUCAUUUGCCAGUCUCCUCAUAUGUGUCGGUCAGUGCUGAUAGUGGAGUCAUCCAUGCAGUGCGCUCUUUUGACUACGAGCAGAUCAAAGACUUCCACUUCCGCGUCAGAGCGCAGGAUGGAGGCUCCCCUCCACUCAGUAGCAACGUGAGUGUGAAAAUACUGAUCCAGGACCAGAACGACAACCCUCCUCAGGUGCUGUACCCAGUGCAGACUGGUGGCUCUGUGGUGGCUGAAAUGGUGCCUCGUUCAGCAGAUGUGGGCUAUCUGGUGACUAAAGUGGUGGCUGUUGAUGUGGACUCUGGACAGAAUGCCUGGCUGUCCUAUAAACUGCAGAAAGCCACAGACAGGGCGCUGUUUGAAGUGGGCUUACAGAAUGGAGAAAUCAGAACUAUCCGCCAAGUGAGUGAUAAAGAUGCUGUCAAACAAAGACUGAGUGUUAUAGUGGAGGACAACGGGCAGCCCUCUCGUUCAGCUACAGUCAUUGUUAACGUGGCGGUGGCGGACAGCUUCCCUGAAGUGCUGUCUGAGUUCACUGACUUUCCACACGACAAGGAGUACAAUGACAACCUGACUUUUUACUUAGUCUUGGCUUUGGCUGUAGUUUCCUUCCUCUUCAUCACGUGUUUGGUGGUUAUUAUAUCAGUGAAGAUCUACAGAUGGAGACAGUCUCGCAUCCUGUAUCACUCCAGUCUCCCUGUCAUUCCAUAUUAUCCACCACGUUACUCAGACACUUUGGGGACAGGGACUCUCCAACACGUGUACAAUUACGAGGUGUGCAGGACGACAGACUCCAGAAAGAGUGACUGUAAGUUCGGCAGAGCCGGUAGUCAGAACGUGCUGAUAAUGGACCCCAGUUCUACAGGGACGAUGCAGCGGAUACAGAGUGACAAGAGCAUCCUGGAUGAACCUGACUCUCCUCUAGAGACUGACAAAGCCACCCGCCCAGCAUUCAGGAAUGAGCCUCUGACCAAACUCUUGUUCGGAUCUUGA